AUGUCAAAAGACGUUGACAAAUGGCACGAGUGCUUGGCGUGCCACGAAUUGUUUUUGGAGAACUCUUCGCUGCGGGUCCACGUGCGCAAACAUCGUACGAAACCGCGCGAGUGCCACGUUUGCCAUAAAACGUUUAGCAAUGGCCAUUUUUUUAAGAAGCAUAAACGUGUGCACAAGAAAGUGAAACGGUACGAUUGCGCGUUGUGCCAGGAAUCGUACACCGACAAACGAUUGUUUAAAGUGCACGUGAAGACACACGCCGUCGAGUACCGUUGCGCUUUGUGCCGCAAGUCGUUUGUCAGCAGGGCCAAUUUCGAUAAACACAAGCGCGUACACACGCACGUGAAAUGGAUGGAAUGCAGUGUGUGCCAUAAAUCGUUCACGGACAGGACGAAGUUCGUAAUGCACAUCCGUGCGCACACGGUCAAGAAACUACACGAAUGCGGCUAUUGUCAGAAGGUUUUUCCGAGUAAUUCUUAUCUCGAGGUGCACGAGCGACGACACACGGGCGAAAAACCUUACGAAUGCGACGUGUGCCAAAAGUCGUUCGUCGACAAAGCAAAUCUCAAUAUUCACCAGCGGGGCGUGCACACGGGUCCCAACGACAAACCGUACAAAUGCAGUCUGUGCGACAAAUCGUACAUCUGCUAUUCCGACCUGAGGAUACACCAGCGCGUGCACACGGGCGAAAAACCAUACCGAUGCUCGUUGUGCCACAAGGCGUUCAGUCUGUUGGGUAGCUUGCACAAUCAUCAGCGCACGCACGCCAACAUCAAAACGUACCAUUGCGCCCCGUGCAAGAUGUCGUUCCCUUGCUGCGCGGACUACAAGCAACACCUGGGCACGCACAUGGGAGGGGAACGGUUUGAAUGCGCGGUGUGCCAAAAAUCGUACACCAGACGAUCCUCGCUGAAAUCGCACGAGCUGACGCACACGGGCACGAGACCGUACAAAUGCGGCGCCUGCGGCAAAGCGUUCACGCAAAGGACCAACCUUAAGACGCACGAGCGGUUGAUACACAGGGGAGAAAAACCGCACACGUGCACCGUGUGCCGGAUGACGUUCAGCACGGGCAACAUUCUCAAAUCGCACAUGCGCACGCACACGGGCGAAAAACCGUACAAAUGCGACGUGUGCCACAGGUCGUUUUCCCAAGCGGGCAGCUUGAGAAAUCACGAGCGCUUUACGCACUAUGGCGAGAAACCGUACGAAUGCGACUUGUGCGAAAAGUCGUUCACCAACAGCACGGGCCUCAGGCUGCACCAAUACACGCACACCGGCGAAACGCCGUUCGAGUGCAGUACGUGUCAGAUGUCGUUCACCAGCUUGACCUCUUUCAGGCACCACGAACGCAUCGAGCACUUCGUCGGCAAGCAGUACAAAUGCCAGCCGUGCCAGAUGUCGUUUCACUCUAACGCUGCCCUCAAAGCACACAAGCGCGAGCACACCGGCGAAAAACCGUACAAAUGCAAGCUGUGCUUGAAAUCGUACACCGCAAAGGGCCACUUGAAAAAGCACAAGUGUAUAGCCACAACCGAGAAUUCGUACGAAUGCGGCGAGUGCCAGGAAAGGUUUAGCACUAAGCGUUUGUUGAGAGAACACUUACUCGAACACGCUGUUGACGACCCGUACCAAUGUAAUUUGUGCCAAAAGUCGUUUGCCACGUGUGUUGAGUACAUGAAACAUAAGAGCACGGAUCACGGGGGCGGAGGCUUCAAACCCCGAACUACCCCUCCGUGGUUGCAAAAAUGA